AUCUUCCCCUUAACGGUGAGCCCAUCAUAGUCCUCUCUCAAAUACUACCAAGAUGAUUGACAGAUAAACCAUCUAAGUGCUGUUGUUUGUGGCGGUACGCUUCACCUGAUCAGCUGACAGCCAGCAGCUUGGAUCAGAUUCCUCUCCCCCAUCUAAACCUCAUCCAUCCACCGAUUAAUAAAACUGCUACCAAUGUCAACUAAAGUCAAAGACCAGAAUGGGAAUCAGGUGGAAGAGAGCGUCGAGAAGGAAGUCGCAAGCGAGUCUGAAUCAAGCUUUAAUAGCUCGUACGAGCAUACUGAGAGCGCGGCGGACGUGACUUUGCAGCAGCUAGCGGCGGCCAAGGAAAGCUUCACCGAUCUGGAAGUGACGUAUCAAAAGUUUAAAGUCGAGCUUGAUGGAGUGCGGGAGGAGCACCGCGCAGAGCAAAACAGACUGCAAUCGCAAAUCGACAAUUUGUCGAAACAAAAAGCAAGUUUGGAGGAGCAGCUACGCGAUUCAAAGGGCGAAACCAAGAAAUACCAAGACGACUUGUUGAACACGAAGAGACAGCUAGCGGAGACGGAAUGGGAGAAAGGAUCGCUGACUCGCGAACUGUCUUCAAGCAAGUCCAUCAUCGAAAAGAUGAAGACGGAAAAGAAGAAUCUGGAGAAUGAAGUGGCAUCACUUAAGCUUAAACAAGAGAUUCAGUCUGCUUCUAAGACCAUCAAGGAGGAAGUCGUGGAGGAGAUAGACGGAGAUGAGGAGUUUCAGAAGCUCCAGAACAAGUACAAGCAAGUGGUUGAGGAGAAGAACACCCUACAAGGGGAACUGGAUGGGCUGCAGACUCAGCUGGAAGAGCUGCAGGCCGACUACGAACAGGCUCAGUGUGAGCUUCACUCACAGAGCAAGACAAGUACUGUCAAGGUUUCCAAGGCUGAGCGCCAAGUCACCGACAUUGGCAAGCAGAAAGAGAGCAUUGAAACUCAGCUGGAGACAGCUAAGGAAGAGCUGAAGAAAAGCAAAGAAACUCAUUGUGGCCUGCAAAAGGAGUUGCUGGAACACCAGGAACAGAUGGCCAACUACAAGGAGGAGCUUGCGGCCAAGACCAAACAAGUGGACGCCCUAACCAACAACAACAAGGAACUCGAAGAGAAGCUUGAGGCCAUCAGAAAGGAUUUCUCCAAGCAGCAGGUGUCCACAGAGAUGCUUUUCUCUGCCAAGGACACCUACAGCAAGAAUAUCCAGAUCUCCCAGACCAAGAUCCAAGAGCUGGAAUCUGCCUUGCGCUCUUCUUGCGAUGAGAAGGAUAACGUCCAGCGAGAAGCACUUCUUGCCUCAGGAAAGCUCAGUAACUUGGAAAAUCAAUACCAGAGUGUUACCUAUGAGUCCAAGUACGUUGCUGGGGGCCAGACUGAAGUCUUCCACAAGGAGAUCCGUGAAAAGGACUUUGUCAUCGAUAGACUUCGAUCAGAGAAGACGCGACACUUGGCCGAGAUCGAGGCCCUGAGGCGUAGAUUAACUGACAUCCAAAUAGAGAAUCAGCGGAACUUCACCAUCAGUCUUGAUAAGUACUCGUCCGGUAAUACGAAGGAGAUCAAAGAUCGCGACUUCACCAUCCAGCAGUUACGCGAGGAUAAGUUGAGGAUGGAGCGGGAGAUCCAAUCCCUGAAGCACGCGGCAAGCCACAUGAAGACCCAAAACGUCUCGAUAAUCCAAUCGCACUCAGACAAGUCCCUGAUGGAGAAGGAUUACCAGCUGGUACAGCUGCGCGCCGAGAAGGCAAGUCUUGAGAAGAAGGUGAAAUCCUUGCAGAAGGAAAUCCAGUUUGCCAAAUACGAGCAAGACAGGUACGUGAAGAUUCAGGCGGAGACGGCAAAGGAAGGCUUCCGCAAGGAACUACGAGAGAAGGAAUACCUCAUCGAAAAGCUUCGAGCGGAAAAGUCUGCCUCGGAUGGCCAAAUCGAGUCCCUGAGAAGGCAGAUUACUUAUGUUCAGUCUGAGAAAGAGAAGAAUGUCACUUUGUACGUUGAAGGUCAAACAGCGAGCUUGAGAGAUGAGAUCAAGCAGAAGGAAGCGAUGAUUGAGCAGUCGAGGGCUGAGAGGACGCGCUAUGAGGAGACAAUCUCUGGUUUAAGGAAGGAAAUCGUCGUCGUGCGCGAUGAAGGCCAGAAGAAGGUGUACCAGCAACUCGAGUCUUACUCGGAUGGGUAUAGGCGCGAGCUCCAACGGAAGGAAGCCAUGAUACAACAGCUGUAUGCCGAGAAAUCUAAACUGCAGUCGGAGUUCGAAAGGCAGAAACAGGAAGUGUAUGUCCUUCAACACGAUUUCCAGAAGCAGGUGGCGAUUGAGGUCGCCAAGCAAGCUGAGUCGUAUCAGAGACAGAUCCCGAGCCUGAGAGCAGAAGUCUUGCAGUACCAGACCCAGGCCGAGUCUGUCAAGAGAGAAAUGACUGCAAUUCAGUCCAAGAGCGAUUACGAGGUAUCCAUUCAGGUUGAGCGGAAAUCUGAAGACUUCAAGAGGCAGAUCAUUGAACGAGAGAUGGAGAUUAGUAAGCUCAAGAGUGAGACGACUGGAUACCAGCAGAAGAUUGCUGCGCUCGAGCGUGAAGUGGAGUACAAGACAAGCAUUACACAAGGGUACACCUCCGAGAUCGAGAGGUUAAGGUCUGAUCGGGUCAAGCUUGAGAGUGAGAUGGGAACCCUGAAGAAAGAGUACACCAACCUGAAGGUCAGCAGCGAGAGAAACAUCGCUAUUCAGCUACAGAAGCACGUGGAUGGACACAGGAAGGAACUCAUGGAGAAGGAAUAUCUCAUCGCCCAGUUGCGAAGCGAGAAGGCGAGCAUCGAGCGACAAGUCGAGUCUCUUAAGAACCAGAUAACAGUCAUCCAGUCUGAGAACGAAGCGAAUGUGUCGAUCCACGUGGAAAGCCAGACGGAGAGCUACAAGCAAGAGGUCCGAGAAAAGGAGUACGAGAUUGAAAAAUUACGUACAGAAAGGGCGACCUUUGAGCAUCAGCUUGAAGGAAUGACGAGCCAGAUCACUAGAAUAAAGGCGGAAAAUGAAGGCCACAUCAAGCUGGUGCUAGAGAGCAACGCUGAAGGAUAUGAGAGUCAGAUCAAAGAGAAAGAUCUGGUGAUUCAGCAGCUUCGUGAUGAGCGAGAGCAAUACGAAAACCAGAUCGAGUCUCUCAGGCAACAGAUUGUGGUGAUCAGAGAAGAGAGCAACAAAACGAUGACUCUACAACUGGUGUCUCGAACCGAGGGAUUCAGAACCGAGAUCAACGAGAAGGAGAAAGUGAUCCAGAGCCUGUACGAGGAAAGAUCCAGGCUUCAGGGAGAGAUCGGCAACCUGAGGCACGAGAUUGUAUCCAUAAAGAAUGAAGGACAGAGGAAUGUGACGAUCCAGGUGGAAAAGCGCGUCGAGAUCUACAAGAAUGAGAUUAUGGGGAAAGAAAAAGAGAUGCAGCAGCUGAGAACACAGGUUUUCAAGCUACAGGAAGAAGUCGAGGCAAGCAAACGCGAGAUCACCAGCGCGCAUACCAAGAGCGAGUACACCAUCACUGUGGAGAUGGAGCGCAGAGCCGGGGAGUUCAGGAAGGAGAUCAGGGAUCGUGAGGUCACUAUUGGUAAUCUGAGAGCCGAGAUGAACGGAUUACAGGCCCAGAUACACGCCCUAAACUGCGAGAUUGAGUACAAGACCAGCACUAUCCAAGGUUACAGCGUGCAGAUCGAGACUCUGCGUGGCGAGAGACAGAAGAUGGAGAUGGAGCUAGGCAGCGUUAAGACCGAACUAGUCUCGUUGAGAUCCGAAGGCGAGAAGGUCGUCAUGCUGAAGCUCCAAGAAAGUUCAGACAGCCAUAGAAAAGAGCUGAUGGAGAAGGAGUAUCUCAUCUCUCAGUUGCGCAACGAGAAGGCGAGCUUCGAGCGUCAGAUCGAGUCCCUCAAGACACAGAUAGAAUACAUGGAGUCGGAGAACGAACGUAACAUGUCCAUUCACGUGGAGAGCCAGACGGAGACCAAUAAACAGGAGAUUCGAGAGAAAGAAUACAUGAUCGAGAGGCUACGGACGGAGAAGUCGACCUUGGAGCAGCAGUCCGAGUCCUUGAGAAACCAGAUCACUCAAAUCAGGGCUGAAAACGAGAAGAACAUUCAGGUGUACAUCGAUAGCGGCACUGAAAACUAUAAGAGAGAGCUCAAGGAGAAGGAGAUCAUGAUCGAGGCCCUGCGCUCCGAGAGGGCAACAUUCGGAAGGGACCUAGAGGCCCUGAGGCAGUCCCACACAGAGAGUUACAAAAAGGAGAUCGCGCAUAAAGAGGCGAUGAUCCAAGAAUUGUAUUCCGAGAAGUCCAAACUGCAAGGCGAGGUCGAGUCGAUGCGGUACGAGUUGAUGAUGGCGAAGAGCGAUAGCGAGAGGGUCGUGGGUGUGGAGGUGGAGAAGCGCGUCGAGGUUUACAGGAGCGAGGUGGUUGAGAAGGAGACCGAUAUCCAGAGUUUGAAGUCUCAGCUGUAUAAAUACGAGAGCGAGGUGGCCUUCCUGAAGCAGGAAGUGGACGCCGUUCAGCAGAGGAAUGAGUACAACUUGUCGAUCCAGCUUGAAUCUCAGACAGAGAGCUUUAAACAAGGCGUCAGGGAACGCGAAAUGACUAUUGAAGGGCUGAAGGCAGAGAUUGAGUCCCUCCGACGGGAACAGCGUAACAGCACUGCGGUCACUGAGGGUUACUUGGCGGAGAUUGAGCGUUUGAAGAAGGAGAUUUCCAGCAGUUCCCAUGACAAGUACACGCUCGAGACCACUCGCAAGGAACAUGAGUCGCUCAAACUUCGCUACGAGGAGCUGAACAAAGAAAAAGAUGGUCUACUCAAGGCGAGAUACGAGGUGGAACAGGAGCUGAGAGAGGCUAAGGAUAAGCUGAUGACUGCAGAGAUCCAAGCCCGAAACAACGCCCAUCGCGAGAUCAGCGAAUACCAAGCUAAGUUCUCCGACGCCGAACAGAAAUACCAGAUGAUCCUGAUAGAGAAGAAGAACAGCGAAAACGACGUCCAGAUGAAGGUUAACAUGGCGGUCUGGGAGAAGGAAGAGACGAUUAGACGCCUUGAGAGCGAGACCGCGAGAUUAAGGCAGGAGAUGGAAGUACUGAGACGUUCAGCAUCCGAGAGCUUCCGUGCUGAGCAAGAGCUCACCAAGUUCACUUACAUGAACCACGACUACGACAACCUGAAGAUGAAAUACGAGAAUGUUUGUAAAGAGAAGGAAACGCUUCUCAAGGAUAAGUUCGCAGUGGAUUACGAGCUCAGCGCUGCGAAGGCUAAGAUCUCGGACCUCGAGUCCUCCAGUAGAAUGGUGACCAGACAAGACGUGGUGAUCUACCAGGAUAAGUACUCUAAGCUUGAGAGCGACUACCACCAGCUGUUGGCGGAGAAGUCCCGCCUGGAGAGCGAGCUGGCGGCCAGAGUGCGACAGGAGGCGUGGGGUAAGCAGGAGCAGAUCUACACGCUCGAGAAGGAGGUCAGAGAGUUGAAGACUUCCAACGAAGGGUACAUUAGGUCCAAUGAUGAGAAGAACGUGCUGAUCAGCGAGUUGAGGAUGAAGAUCGCGGCGCUGCAAGGAGAGCUGGGGCAAUACAGGAAGGAUGCGUACAGCAGCGCUAAGACUUCUGAGGUUGUGAAGCUGAUUUCAGAGCCGAAUGCAAAGGAGAACGUGUCUUACGUGACUUCACCCAAGUCUACGUACAGCGAUACAGCGAGUCUGGUCAGCGGCAACUUUGUGGCGACGUCCACGCCUCGUUCCCGAAUCGCGAGCCCGUCACAGCGGUCAGCGUACUUCACUGCUGAUGACGUCAAUGAGAUGAAAAAGUCUUUCAAAAACGAGAUUGGCGAAGAGGGUGGCUCUAAGGAAACCACCAUUAUCACCGAGGCCACAAGCACUAAGAGCUCCCCCGAAAAAACAGAAUCCAGCGAGAACGAGACUCGCUCCCGGUCAUCCACCAUCACUGACACCCAGCUAGAGGCGGCGUCCACCCUCUCCAGUACGACCACUACAGGGGGCCGAGCACAAUCCUAUAGGUACACCACAGGAAACAGUGGAAUAUACUUAAGCCGCGGGUACAGCUCCGGUAGUGCGUAUCGAUCAUCUGGGUACUAUAGCGGACGAUACAGCUCGUAUCCAGUAACAAGGAAGUACUUUCAAGCGAAGUGGCCGAUUCUUGUCCGACUCCUGUCAGACUGUCAGACCCUUGUCCGACCACCGUCCAUCAUGUCGAAGGUGAUCUCGUCAAGCCACGAACAGGUCGUCUCCAAAAAGGUGAUCACGUCAAGCCACGAACAGGUCAUCACUCUGAAGAGAGAGUACGAUGACGCGGUUGUCGCCAAAAAGGCUUUGUUUGAAGACUACCAGGAGCUGGAAGAUAAGCUGAACGACGUACGCACGAAGCAAGAAGAUCUUCAGAAAGACUAUGAAAGGCUGAAGAAGCAAAAGCAACUAGAGGCUGCUAAGCUAGAAGCCAAGGUCAGCACCGAGACUAAGAGAAAAGAAGAGUACCGUAUAGAAAACGAAACUCUGAAAAGAAAGCUGAGAAAAGAAAAAGAAAAGCUUAGUUUAAAGGAGAAAUUAAUUCUAGAGAUUCAGAAGAAACUGGAUGUGACGACGAUUGCAGUAAAAGAUCGUGAGACCACCAUUCUGAAGCUCGAAACAGCUCUUCAAGAUUUACAAGUGAAAUUCGACUCCAACAGAACGGAGCUGGUGAAGUACCAAAACCAGGUAAACGCGGAUCUCAAGAGAAUAGACCAUUUGGAGCAUGAGUUGAUGAUCUCUACCAAAACAGUAGAGGAACAUGUGAUCACCAUCAAUGAGAUGAAGGUCGGGAAAGACCAGCUACAAGAUUCCUUGUAUGAGUUGAAGCGGAAACAUCAAGCCCAGGAGGAUGCGUAUGACAAACUCCACCAGAAGAACUAUCACCUGCUCGACUCAGAAAAGUCCUACAAAAAGAAGAUCACAGAGCUGGAGUUUGACUUGAAGAGUUUCAAAAGCAAGAAUAUUCAGCUCGAGAAGGAUCUAGAAAAUGCUAGAAACCGACCCUCAGAGAAGCAAUUUGAAGUUAUCCAAGUGGAAAAUGUCCAAGCUGUGGAAUCAGCACCAACUGAUGACUUCUCCGCGUUUGAUUCUGAGGAGUUAGAGCGAUCCAACUACAGAAUCAAGGAACUGGAAGAGCUCGUGCACCAGCACGAGGUUGAGAAUAGUUCCCUGAGGAAUAACUUGACAAGAACUAGCAGCCAGGUGACCAAGCUGAAGUGUGAGCUUGACAACGCGCAGAGAAACAAGAGCAUUGGAUCGGCCGAGCUUGGUGGUGAGAGAUCCAAGGUGAAGGAACUCGUACACGAGAUUGCAGAGCUCAAGGAAAAGCUUCAAGAGUCGGAGAAGGUCAUAGAACUGCGGAAGAAAGAUCUCGGAAAGAAGGACAAGACAAUUGAAGAGCUAAAGGAAAGAAUUAUCGUCUUAGAAAAGUCUUUGAAAGACAAGAAUGACGAGAUUUUUGGGAUUGAGGGGAAGAUUGCAGAGCUUGAGGCGAAGAAUGAUAGACUUCAUGAUGAUCUCAUGGAUGGAAAGAAGAGGUUUGGAGAGCUGGAAGCCGAGCUGAAGUACACUGAACACGACAAGGAGGGAGUAAACGGAGAGCUGGUGACCAAUUCUCGAACAAUCCAAGAAUUAGAGUCAAAACUUGAGGCAUCCGAGAGCAAGCGCCAGAUUCUUGAUGAACAGCAUCAAAGCCUUGAGCUAAAAAUCCAGCAACUUCAAGAAGAACUUUUUGAAUUGAAGCAGCAAAGAGAUUCAUUUGAGCAUCAAAUCACUGAGAUAGAAGUCACGCACAGUAAGAACAAGGACGAGUUGAACAGGUCCAGGAAAGAAAUGCUGGAGCACCGUGGGGCAGUGGAUGGCCUAAAUAAAGAGCUAGCAGAGAAGCAAGAGGUCAUUGACAGGCUCCGGAGACAGUUGGCUGACAUGAACGAGGACUUUGACGAGAAUAAAACCGAGCUUGCUGAUGUCAGAUUGAAUUUGGAAGCGCGAGAAGGCGAAGUGAAGAAACUUCAGAAUAAGAUUAACCUCCAUGAAGCAGAAAUUGACCGCCUGAAUGAGCUGGUGAAUCGGACGGCCAAGGAGAGAGAUGACUCAGAGAUCCAAUUGGCUGGUCUGCUCGAGAAAUAUAAAAACCUUGAAGGAGGAAGCGUUCGGCGACAUUCAAGCCGCACAUCGAUAGAGGUCAAUGUCAGCAGGAAUCAAGGUCUAGAAAGUCAAUUAUCAUCCUUAAGACAAGAAGUACAUACACUAGGACGCGAAAACGAUGCCAACAAGCAGUCUAUCAACUUCCUGAAUAGUGAGAUUACAGACAAGAAUGAUAAGAUUGCGUACCUGGAGAGAGAGCUGGAAAGUAGAGGCUCCGGUAAUGAGGAUGCUUCGAGACAGGCUGCCGAACUGAGGAAACGAUGUAGUGCUUUAGAGGAAGAGGUUGAAGAUCUAACAGCUGUCAAGGAAAAACUAGAGGACGAUUUAGCUGACUACCCAACGAGAGUGAACAAGUUGGAAACGGAGGUUGACUCGUUGACUAAGCAGAAGGAUACCUUCAGGAACUCAUUGUCUGAAACCAAUGAAAAGUUAAGAAAUUCUAAAGAAGAUUUAAAUGAAUUGGAAAUGAAACUGUUGGAGCAACAGAAAGCUAACUCAUCAUUAGGGAGGAUGUUAAAGAAGGCAGAGUCGACAAAUGCUGACCUGAUGGAGAGACUGCGCAAUGCCGAGAGCGAGCUGGAGAAACUUCGACGCUCAUUAGCUUCAAGUAAUGCAACUUGUGAUGCGCUGACGGCUUACAAGAAAGACCUAGAUAAGAAAAUUGAAGACUACCAAGCAAAGAUCGCUAUGCUUGAAGCAGAGCGUGGGCAACUGAGAGACCAGCGCGAAGCAAUUGAGGGCGAUCUUGGUUCUAUGAGUUACAAACUAAGCAGCCUCAACACCAAAGUUAAGUCGAUCGAGAAAGACAAGUCUUUCUAUCAGACGGACAGUGAGCAGUCACAAAGCAAGCUCCGCAAACUUAAGAACGAAGUAAUCCAGGCAAAGAACCUAGUCAAGGAGAAGGAACGCAUUAUCGAGGACUUGUCUGCCGACCUCAAGGAGCAAGAAAACAGCAACAGCGUCUACAAAAGACAAAACAAGGGACUGGAAGAUGAAGUGAAUACUCUGCGCAAAGAACUGGAGUCCCAAAAGCAUGCCAAUGAGGUCAAUAGGGAAAAGAUCAAUGAACUGAUUGCUCAGCUUGAGAACAUGCCUAUGCAAGGUCCAGUACAGAACAUUCUGGUGGAGUCAGCACCACCAGUCAUGUUUGAAGAUAGCCUGCAGUCUUCUCCUGAUGAUGAUAAGCUGAGAGAUCUGGAGGCUCUGUAUAACGCUAGCAAGGAUCGCGAGAAGAUGCUUCGGGUAGAAAUUGACGAAAAGUCAAGCAAAAUGAAAAACAUCGACCUUUCGCUGAAAAAGGCUGAGGAGAGGGGUAUUGAACUUGAUCACCAGAUUUCUGUGCUUCAGAGAAAAUGCCAUGAUUUAGAGCAAGCCAACAACAGGCUAAGCCGGGAACGAGAUGAGUGUAGAAAAGAUUGGAUUGAAGCGUCAAACCAAAGAUCCCUGUUUGAAACUCGAGCCGAGACUGUGGAGGCUGAGAGAAAGUCCCUGCAAAAGCAGCUGGAAGAAGCCAAUCGGAAACUGCGCGCAUGUCAGGAUGAAAUCCUCCAAACUGAUGAGAAUCUUGUCAAGCAGACGAUCGAAGUGCGUGAUCUUAGCAAUGAUAAGGAUCACAUUUCCGCGGAAGUCAAGAGGCUUAAAGAUCUUGCCAUGCAUCUAGAGGAGCAAGUCCAGAACGCAAGGGCAAAUCUCUCGAUCGCUCGUGACGCCAAUGACAAGCUAAAAGCAGAGAAAGAUGGCAUGCUGGAGUCCAAUCUAUCAAAAGACAAGGUGAAUAACAAACUCAGAAUAGAUAAUCAGAAGCUGCUUGUAGAUGGAGAGCGAUUGCGUGAUAACUUGCACAAUGCAGAGGAAAAGAUAGAAGAUCUUGAAGCAAGGCUAGAUGAGGCAAUCAAACGUCGUACCUCUGCCGAGGAAGACUUAGACGACAUGCAAACGGAGCUACAAACUCUGAAAGACGAGAUGGCCGAGGGGCAACGCAGGUAUAAGAAGCAGCAAGACAAGCUUGAGGCGCUCAAUGUUGAACUUACAAAGGAGCAUGAAUACGUGGAGGAACUGCGUGAAAACAGAAGGAAGCUUGAGGCCAAGAUUAAUGAGCUGGAGCAAAAACUUGCCUCACAAGCAGAUAUCAUUCCUAUGCAGCCAAUACAAAUUCAACAAGUUGAAUCAGUACAAAGCGCUCCAGACAUGGACUUUGGAGACAGUGAUGAGAUUGCAAGGCUUCGUGAUGAAAAUAAACGCUUGGAAAGACAACUAAAAGACGGAGAGGCAGAGUACCGAGUCAUGUCUGAAAAAAACAGAGAUCUAAUUUCCAAAAUGGCUGAAUACGAAGGCAAGAUUUCUAAGCAUGAAACCACGUCUAGCCUGGCACAGAACCGCAUGAAAGAGGCUCACCAGGAACUCGACACCCUUAAAAGGGAUGCGAAGCCUUUGAUGGAAAAGUACGAGUCUACAAUGAGAGAAUAUGAGCUUCUGAAGGAUGAAGUGGAACAGCUGCGCAGUAAGUUGAGCACCACCGAGUUACAGCUUGACGAAGAAAUACGAAAACGUAAGGCUCUUCAGAAGGAACGCGAUGACAAAGCAGAGGAUUUGUAUGAGAAGGACAAUGAAGUUGUGGUCAUGAAGAAAAGAGUUAAGGAGUUCGAGCUACUCAUAAGCAACUCGAACGACUCGGCGGCAAAGGACAGCCUGCUUAAAACAGUAAAAAACGAAAACGAAAUCCAAGAGAAAGAGAUAAAGAAACUGAGGUCAGAGGUUCUCGAGCUGCAACGGGAGGCCAGUGGAGCACAGGGCAAGUGUGACACUUUGGAGAAGGAGCUCUUCAAAACCAAAGAGGAGUGUUCUGACUGGAUUAUGAAAUAUGAAAGCAUUCAGAUGCACAAUGACACAUUGGUGGAGUCACUCAAAUCUUGUGAGAACAAGAUAUUUGCUCAGGAAGAAGCCAUGCAGACCCUGAAGAAAGAGAAAUCAAGUAUGAAAACAGACCUUGAUAAUACUAACAAAAAGCUGAGCAAAAGCAAAGCAGAACUGGAAAACUACAAGAAGAGAGUAGCUGAUCUCCAGGUGAUCAUUGAGCGCUUGAAACAAGAACUUCUGGAGAAGGAAUCAAGCUCGUUGGUUAGCGUUGGAGGUUCCGAGGAUGAGCUUCGCAGGCUAAGGGACAAGAUUGCGCGCUACCGUGAUGACCUUCAGAAAAGUCAAGAAGAAGUCUCCAAUCUUCAACUGCAGCUGCGAGACAAAGACAGCAAGAUGUCAGGCUUUGAUAACUCUGCUGGUCUACUAAGGGCGGAGAAUGAUAAGUUGAAAAAUGACGUAAGGGCUUACCAGACCCAAAUCUCGGAGUACAAAGCAAACUAUCAAAAUGCCCAAAAGGACAUCGAAAAGAUUCAACUUGAGCUUCUCACUGCCAAUCAAAGGCACAAUCAUCUGGAAGCAAGGACAGAAGCUCUAGAAGAUGACAAACAGCGCUUAAAAAAGUCUCAGUUGGAAGCGAUGGAAGAGAAGUCGAGAUUGAAUGGUGAGAUUGAUAAGCUACGUCAUGAGAAAAAUAGCCUCACCAACGAUUAUAAAACCUUGAAGAAGAAGUACGAUGCUCUACAAGCACAGACGAAUGCGUUACAGCUUCAGAAGACAGGAUCAGGAAAGGAUAGCGCAAAACUUAAGAGGCUGACGGAGCUGGAGGCUCUUUACCAGAAGACACUCCUUGAGAAAGAAAGUGUGAGGAAUGAGCUCUUUGUGCACAAGAAAAAUCAUGCCAAGGCUGAGAACGAAUUGUCAGGGCAUGUUCGAGAGAAGGACAAGCUUGAAGACAAUUUGAAACAGAUGGAACGCAUCAAUACCAAGAUAACCAAGGACCUGAAGGACGUUCAAGAGAAACACAAGACCGACAAGGAAGAGUUGGUGAAGUGUAAGAAGAACAUUAAGACAGUAGAGCAGGAAUUAGCGACCACUAAACAUCACUUGGAUCGACUGAAGAAUACCAAUGAGAUCCAGGAUCAGCAGAUUAUAGCGCUAAAUGAGGAUAUCAAAGAAUUGAACAAGAGGAUUGAAGAUCUGUUAGGAGAUCAGUCAGAUGGAUCUGACACUGAGUACCAUGACUACCUUGAAGCCCAAAGGAAGGUAUCAGAGCUUGAAGCACAGCUGAAUAGUGCACGUGAAGGCAAAUUCAAGGCUGAGAAAGAGUUGGAAGCUGUCAAAGCCAAGGUGUGGGAUCUGGAAGAUGAUUACAAGAGAGAGGAAGGAAAAGUAAGAGGUCUUCAGAAGCAACUUGACGAGACAAAUCGCAUGAAUGAUAAACUGAAGGCCGAACUCGCUGAAUUGAAGAAGAAUUCCUGGGACGCUCAACAGAACUAUAACACAGUCGUGAAGGAAGCGCACGAGCACCGCUACGACAAGGAGAUGAUGGAGACCGAGAAGGAAGAUUUGGCAAAAGAGAUACGCCGAUUGAGAGACGAGGUAGGAGAAACACGUGCCCAGAAGGAGCAAGUGGCCAUGGAGAGAAACGACCUGAAAUACCAAAUACAGCGACUUCAGAUUGAUGUGUCGCAACUCACGAUGGGACUCAACGAGGCAAAAGAAGAUAACGAACACCUGAAACUAGAGCUGAUAAAAGCCACCUCAGACAACGAGAAACUGAAAGAGAUGGCAGCUAAUCAAGAAGUUGCUCCUGUCCAAGUUGCAAUGGUAGAGAGCGUGGAGAGCGAAGUGCCGUUUGAUUUUGAUGAACUAGAUGGAGCGAAGAGGGAUCGAGACAAAUUUGAAAUGGAGAAGACAAGCUUGGAUAACAGACUCAGAGAAGUUGAAGAUGAUUUGAUAGAUAAGCAGAAGCAAAAAGAGCGCGCAGAAACUGAUCUGGGUGAAGCAAACAAAAGGAUCAGCACACUCGAGAUGGAAAUCAAAAGCUUGCAGACGGAGCGAGAUAAUGCUCUCUAUGAACGUGAUCUCAACAACAAGGACUACAUCCAACAGAGAACCGACAAUCAGACGCUGAGACAAGAAAAUGAGACUGUUCUUCUGGAGAAUAAAGAUCUGAAAGCACAGAUUGCUGCGGGACUGAAGAAGAUGGCAGAAUACGAACGAGAGAUAACAAAGAUGGGGCAACGUCCGACAGAAGUCGUCAAACGAAGGGGUCGCAGAGGAGACAGCGAGAUUCAAAGAGAAAACAUUGAGCUACAGAAAAGAAUAGCAGAGCUUGAAAUUCAACGCAAGAGCGUUGAAGAAAACUUUGGAGAAUUAGAAACGAAGUACAAAAAAAUGGAGAAAUGGAAUGUUGAUUUGAGAGAGGAGGUGAUUGCACACAACGCACGAGUGCAGGAGGUAGAACAUGAACUCGACAGAGCGAAGAAAAGGAUUCAAGAAUUGGAGGAAGAAAUAAGGGAUCUGAUGCUUAAGCUAGGAACAUCCAGAGAGUCUGACAAUCAAGGAGACAAGCAAAACUCGGAAAUGAGUGCCCGGAUUAACUCACUAGAAAAACGAAUCACGACUCUGCAAGGCCAGGCGCAAGACAAGGAUGAAGAAAUCGCACAACUGAAGCGUAAGCUGAACGAGUAUAGCGAUGGUCUUGGACAGGGGUCAAAAGAUAUCGAGACGCAUUUGAUAGAAAUAAAGGAUAAAAGUGAGAUAUACCGCAAGGCUGAUAAGGCCAAGGCCCUGGUGAUUGAGGACCUCCGCGCUGAGAAGACAUCCCUGGAGAUUGAGCUUGAUAACCUGAAGAAAGAUCUUGAAUUUGCCAAGCAAACUGGAGUAGAAUACACCAAAGAAAACGAUACACUACAGAAAGAGAUCAUAGAGCUGCGAGAAGAGAACAUCUCUCAGAAGAGCAAGCUGUACGAGAUUAAUGACCGCUACGAGCUGCAGAUAGCAGAGCUGAAGAAUGACAACGAGAUCAAACAGGACAAGAUAGAACAACUGGAGAUUUCUAUAAGCAAGUACGAGAAUGAAAUGAGAGAUCUGCGAGAGCGACAAUCGUUGCCACAAGAGCACGCAUCCACGACUCUGAUCUUUGAUGUGGACAAGCAGAGGCACACACAGCAGAGGCCGCAUUCCAUGUAUGUGAGCUAUACCGACGUCUCCAGCAGGAAAGAAUUGAGCGAUAUCAGCUCCAUCUCCAUCGAGAAGGGCAAAGAUGUAAAGCGCACAGAGAGUGAACGCAAAUCCUUGGACUCCAGCAAAUAUGAUCAAAGAGAAAGCACAAGACGGAAUGAGACUGAAUUAGACAAAGAUCGAUUCGCAAGCCGCAGUUCAAGUCGGUACAGCUCACGAGUCACGUCCGACCAGGAUAUUAGCCGCGACAAAAACCGCGAAACAUCCCGCUACAGCUCGAGAAGCACUCGUGAUACCGAUGACAAAUCGACUCGAUACAGCUCCCGGACAAGCAGUAAUCGUGACUCCCGAACACCCCCUGCUGACGAGAAAAUCCGAGCGGACAUCAACAGCAAUGAAGUGCAGAGUAGCCCGAGCCCGAGCACGAAGAGAGAGGAGGCGAGGAGAGAGAGAUCGAAUGCUCGCAAUAAAGACGAGUGUAAACAAAACUAGAAAGCGAAAGAGGGAAUGAGAGGUAAAUAGAGAGAUUUAGAACCACGAUGAGAGGUAGAUAGAGAGAGAACAAGACAAAAUAGGGUGAUUACAACCACGAUGAGAGGUAGAUAGAGAGGAAACAAGACAAAAUAGGGUGAAUUAGAUGGCGGCCACAUGGCGUCAUGGAAGACAAAGGCAUGGAACCACAUGGCGUCAUGGAAGACAAAGGUAUGGAAGACAAAGGCAAAGGAAAGGGAGACCGAGACAUAGAGGGAAUGGAGAGGGAGAAUGAAAGAGAGAAAAAAAGUCAAAAAAGAAAGAGCAAAAUAGAAAGAUGCGCAUAAUUUGGCGUGAAAGGGAAUAGGCUCUAUUUCUAUCUGCAAAGAGUCUUAUUCACACGCAUUUUCCAUUUUCAUAUAUGAAUUUGUAAGCGUAUUAUCUUUAUAUUUGUUCAAAGGACUAAGUGCCUCCUAUAGCCAAUGCACACACUAUUUUUUAGGAAACAAGUUACAAAAUAAGGCAUUAUAAUGGAAUAUAGUUUAGAGGUGCUGUAAAGCAGUUUCACGUUUUUUAAUAAAAGUUCAUCCGAGCAAGCA